AUGGGCCCCAAGCCAAUACCAGACGCCCCGCAGUUCCUACGCGAGGCGGAAGUAACCCUGCGUCCCGCGGUGCAUUGUGGGUACCGAGGCACACUAAGCCCAGGUGCAGGGGAGAGGAUCGAGAACACCUUGGAGGCCUUUGAGAACGCGGUCUCCGAGGGCUGCGAUUGGCUGGAGCUCGACGUGCGCCGCACCCGCGACGGCGUCGUCGUCGUCUGUCAUGACCGGGACCUGUGGCGACAGAGCGGCCGCCAUCUUGACGUGACCCAGCUGGACUAUCAGGAUUUGCCGCCCUAUCAGAGCCCCCUGGAGGUGACGUUUUCACCAGGCCAUUUCUCCUCCGGCUGCGAUCGCCGCGUUCCCCGAUUGGUCGAAAUCUUCCAGCGUUUCCCGCGGCAGCCAAUCAGCAUCGAGAUCAAGGACGACGACGAUGACCUCAUCAAUGAGGUCGCCUCUCUGGUCCGUGCCUUCGACCGCGCCCCCAUCACUCUCUGGGCCUCCUUCCGAGAGCCGAUCCUGAGGAAAUGCCGCCGAGCCCACCCACAGAUGCCGUUCUGCUUCUCCCUCGAGCGGGGGCUCCUGGUUCUGCUCCUCUGGUUCCUGGGGCUGCUGCCUUUGCUGCCCCUGGGAGAGGCCGCGCUGCUCUUCCCGCUGCCCUCCAUCAUCAACCGGACGUAUUUUCCCCUCCCCCGCGGCUGGGCCGGAGCCCUCCUGAGCAGAGCGGCCAAAAGCCUCGUUCUCCGUCCCUCUCUGCUCCGGCACCUGAAGAGCCGCGGGAUCCAGGUCUGGCUGUGGGUGCUGAACGAGGAGCGCGACUUCGCCGAAGCCUUCGGCCUCGGAGCCACCGCGGUCAUCACCGAUUAUCCCGGGAAACUCCGGCGCUUCCUGGAGGGGGGAGGGGGCCCCUCCCCCACCCGCCGGGGUGAGCCCCUCCCCCAGGCGAGAAAAGUGACGGAACAGACGGAAAAAUGACGGGGGGGGGGGGAAAAAACAAAAGGAAUAAAAACGGAUUAAAAACGGAUUAAAAACGGGUUUGAAAAAACACCGGAAUGAGGUCAUGAAACGGUCGAGAAACAAACAAAAAAAUGACCUCAAAAGAAGCCAGA